AUGCAUAACAACUAUAAUAUUCAAAUUUCAUGUUAUGUUAUUAAUGAAAUAACAGGUGAUCUACCAAAGUGUCCUAUUGAUAAAAAACAAUUAAACCUGCCAACACAUAUUGAAUUGGCAGACCCGUCCUUUGAUCAGCCAUCUUCUAUUCACAUGCUGAUCGGAGCUGACAUCUUUUGGGACAUUUUAAAGAGUAAGCAAAGAUCCUUAGGUCUUAAUAGGGCUAAGUUAAUAAGUUCUCACCUUGGCUGGCUGAUUGCUGGUCCUAUACCAUUAAAUUCUAUUAAACAAAGGCAACAAAUCAAUAAAACUCACUGCAAUCAUAUAAUUACAAAUCAAAAUAAAGAGUUAAGUUCUUUUGCAAGAAAUCAACGAUGA